UAGGUGUAACCACCUUAUCUCUCCAUUUUUGGCAUGCUCUACAAUAGUUCCAAUUACUAGGUUUUGUUGAGUUUCCAAAUACACCCUUAUUAGUUUGUUGUGUUCCCCAUUUUAAGUCGAAAGCAGAUCAGACAUUGGAAGUAGUUGAGUAGCAUAAUGUUUCUUUAGCUAAGUUUAUACUCACACAACCGUUGAGCUAAUAUCCUCUCCCACUCUUCUUAGCUCUCUCUUUCUCCCUUCCCUGCUUCGUUUCCUUCUUAAAGGGGGAACCUUUUUGCCUUAACUUUUUCUGUGUUCUGUAUGUUUUUGGGUUGCAAGCUAUUCUGGAUCUGUUCUUGAAAAUAUAUUAAUUAUUUUUUUUUUUGCUAAUUUUAGCUGAUAGAAGGUAUCUAUACGAGGAUAAGAAAUCUGGGUCGUUGUUUUCUUGGAUUUUUAUCUCAUGGUUUGACUGAUUUAGUUCAGUAAGUCAUUUGUCUUACAAUUGCAGAUUCCAGUCAGUAUUUUGGUCAGUCUGUAGAAUAUUGAAAAUCAACACAACAUGUGAGUGUUUCCAUUUGGGACUUAACCUUUGGACAUGAAUUUGUGCCUCUUAUCCCCAAUCGACCUGUCUGUAACCAGAUUCGGUUUAUUAUUACAAAAAUGUUUGAAAGCGAAGUUGCUGCAACCAUGCAAGCAAAUUCAUGCAUUGAUGUUAACAUCACACACUGACAUGAAUGUUUUUUCCCUGAAUUCGAAGCUCGUUGGUGCCUAUGCAAGUUGCGGGGAUCUAGGUUCUGCUGAGCUUGUGUUCCAAAGAACCACAAACGCGAAUGUUUUUGCGUUUAAUUGGAUGAUGUCAGCUUUAGCAUUCCUUGGCUACAAUGAGAAAUCGAUUGGCUACUUCUCUCUUCUUCAACAAUCAAGAACAAUUCCGAAUAAGUACACGUGUGCUAUUGUGUUGAAAGCGUGUGUUGGUCUAAUGGAUCUGAAAAAAGGAAAAGAAGUGCACAGUAUGAUAUAUAGAAUGGGAUUUGAGUCAGAGUUAUCGGUUGCCAAUGCCUUGAUUGACAUGUAUGGUAAAUGUGGCAACACAGAAUAUGCUCGUUUAGUUUUUAAUGAUAUGGUUGAGGGAGAUAUUGUAUCCUGGACAUCCAUGAUAUAUUCAUAUGCUAACAUGGGAAAAAUUGAAGAAUCCUUUAUUUUGUUUGAAAAGAUGAGGUUAGAAGGCAUAAGGCCUAAUGAUUUUACAUGGAACGUAAUGAUCGCUGGAUACGCUAGGAAAGGAGAUUGUGACACAGCUUUCAUGUUAUUCACUAAAAUGAGUAAAGAGGGGUUGACUCCAGAUUUGGUUACUUGGAAUGCAAUGAUUUCAGGGUAUGUUCAGAGCCAAAGAUCAACUGAAGCAUUAGCAUUAUUGCAGGACAUGUUGGAUGCUGGAGUCAAGCCUAAUGAAGUCACUCUCACUGGGCUUCUUCCUGUGUGUGGGUUGACUGACUCUGCAUGUACGGGGAAAGAAAUUCAUGGCUUAGUAUAUAGAUUAGAGCUUUUUGCUAAUGUCUUUGUUGCUAGUGCUCUCAUUGACAUGUACAGUAGAUGUGGUAGCGUGGAAGACGCUUGGAAUGUUUUCACUUCUGUUCCUUUCAAGAAUGUUGCAUCAUGGAAUGCUAUGAUAGGAUGUUAUGGAAAGCAUGGCAGAGUAGAACAUGCAAUCAAACUUUUUGAGAACAUGCAGUAUGAAGGAGUGCUGCCAAAUGAAGUAACCUUAACUUCUCUUCUUUCUGCAUGUAGUCAUGGUGGUUUAGUUGAGAAAGGUUUGAAGAUCUUUUGGUCCAUGGAGGAGUCUUAUGGCGUUAGAGCAAGGAAAGAGCAUUAUGCUUGUGUUAUUGAUCUUUUGUGUCGUGUCGGGAGGCUGGAGGUGGCUUACGAUAUAAUCAAAGAUAUGACGAUAGAAGUUACAGAUUCAAUUAUCGGGGCUUUCUUCAGUGGUUGUAAGGUCUAUGCCAGGAGAGAUCUUGCUGAAAAGAUGGCUAAGGAUAUAUUGCAGAUGGAUCUGAAGAAGCCUGUAAGUCUUGUAGCCCUUUCAAACAUUUAUGCUGCUGAGGGAGAGUGGGAGAAUGUUGAGAAUGUGAGGAACGUGAUGAAGGACAAGGGAUUCAAUAAGAUGCCUGGUUCCAGUUGGUUGUAGAUGAUAGGCUGAUAUGCAGAAAUAGAUCUAGGAAUGUGAAGCAACAUUUGCUUUUAAACCAUUAGAUAAUGGUGUUUCUGCUGAUAUUUGGUUAAACUCGGAGUCUUCAAGGCAAUGGGUCGAGGUAGAGGAAAGGGUAAGAAAUUGACUGCAGUUGACCCUGAUGAUCCAGGAAGUGAAGAGGAAGAAAAAAUCCCUACACAGAAGAGGAGAGGAAGGCCACAAAAAUCACUCAAAGAUGACAUUGAUGAAGAAGCAGCUGAAAUGAUUGAAGAGGAAGAUUCCGAGAAUGAAAAACUUGGAAUUCAGAACUUGGAGAUAAAAGGUUCUGCAACGGAAAAUGGGAAGAAGAGGAGGCGAAACACUCGGGUGAAAGAAAAGCAAGAUUCAGUUAAAGAGGAAAAUGGUAAUGGAACCAGAUCAAGCACCGAUGAAUCUGCUAAGUCCAAUAAUGGUUUCCGUCAUAGGCGAAAGAACAAGCCUCACCGUGCUGCUGAAGCUGGUGUUAAGUGCAACUGACAUUUUGGUUCUGCCAAUGUGGACUUUGUUCGUUUUGUGAUGGCAGAUAAAUCCUAUUACACUGUAAAUCACGCCUUAAUUUCUGUCUUUCUUUAAGCACAUUUUGAUACUUUCAUACAUUGACCUUUUCUUAACCUUUUUGGAAAGGUCCUGAGGUGGCCACACCACUUAUUAUCUUCAAUACUAGUAAUGUUGUAUCUUGAUCAUUUCAUGUGCACUCUGUUAUUUUCUUGAUUUAAAUGUGAUAUUCCUCUAUGUUGCUUUUGA